AUGGGCAUUUUCACCCGGCGAUCAGAUUCCGACGACACCCCGCAUGACUCACCACCCGCAUCUUUCACAUCUGACACCCCAACGACGAUAGAACAAGACGCGCCCUUCUUACAACUACCACCCGAAGUCCUUUAUCAGGUUCUGGCUUCCCUUCCAUGCCAGUCAUUGGUCUCCCUAUCUCGAUCAUGUCGACAGUUACGCCGCCUCUCUCAAACAGACCUGUUGUGGGCAAACCUCCUGCGACCCAAUGUUCCCUCCGAGGAUUUUCCACCCGACCCAUACCCAUCCGCAUCCUAUCGUGACCUCUACAUAACACAUCACCCAUACUGGUUCCUUUCAAAGUGGAAAUUAUGGAUAUCCGACGAACCCCAUAUUGGCAGGAUCAUGAUCUGCAGAUUCGAUCCGAGAAGAGGUUGUAUCGAAGGCUAUCGCUUGUUGGCCGAGAGGUCCCCGUCUAUGGGUGUUGUCUGGCCUUACGAUGAUGCUGUACACAUUCAUCUGUUUGAACCCAAAGUGCAUCUCUGGCUCGACGAUCCUAUUUUGAAAUUGGCACAUGACAUUGUACCCUUCAACACUCGCCAAGGUUGGUGGGAAGGAGAGAUCAAAAUGAGCGUAGGGCGUCCUGGUCACAACACCUCUGCCUCGUUUUUCCUCAGUCGAGACAUCCCACCGCGACUUCAAGACAAAAGUAUGGAGUUGUGGCCACCGCGGACCAUUCCCAAUAUGCCUCGCGUGCGCGCGGCCAGUGUUGACAAAUUUCGAGGACGAGGUCAUAAACCACAGAAGUACGAUGAGAUUUCCCAGACUACGUUUCGAAUGAGACAUUGGUCACAAUUCAGCACGGGGGCCUCACAUUUUGGGAUCCGGAUUGGAGAGGAAGUCAGUACGUGGAGCACGAUUGAUCCCAAUCUUUAUACUCCUACGGCGGAGAAACCCUACCAAGGUAUUUACGUGGGUGACUAUGCCGGUCAUGGUUGUGAGUUUCUCCUAGUUAUGCAAACGGACAAGGCGCCAGCGCCACCUCCAACGAUGGCCACCAGCCGUUAUUAUGACGUUCCUGAGGCAGAACAAUUAUCUCAACCAGAAUCGCUCGAUCUUUCCGCAGUGAGUGACCCACCAGUCGCCGUGGACAGUGGGAUAUUCCGAGGGGCUAUCGAAGCAGUAAAAUUGACUGGUGAUCCUAACAUACCACGUGGUGAACACACGUUUAUCGCGGACGACAUUGGUCCGGCAGGUCUGAUCAGAAUAGCCGAUGAACGACCUUUCAAAGGAGCGAGAAUUGUGAAGAGCCGUGGACAUGUAGCGGCAAGGGGAUUCCAGAACGAUGAGUUUAUCCCUUCCCAAUUAAUCAUGGUGAACCAUAACUUGCUGGCUCAAUACUGGGUGCCUUUUGGUCAUAUCUCGUACUAUCAGCGAGUUGAUCUCGAUAAAUUGAUCGAUGAUACUUUUCGCAGUGGUUACGCGACUGUUACGGAACCACCCUCGCAGGGGAUAGCAUCAUUGUAA